AUGGCGAUGUUUGUGGACGCGCGCACGCGCGCGCUCCAGGCGGCCAGCACGGACGCCGUACUGCCCAGCUCGAGCGAUCCGGUGGCGGACCUGGCGGCGGAGCGAAGGCGCGCGGGCUUCGACGUGGCGGAGCUGAUGCGGUUCUUGCACGGCGGGCAGGAGAGGAUCGAUCGAAAAGCCCGUCUGGCAGAGAUGCUUCAAAAGACAGAUUGGGGCAACAAGUCCCGUCGAUACUUCAUGACGACUGAGGAACAAUACGUGGCGGGGCUGCAGGUGGCGUUCGGAAUUCGGGAACUCGUGAAGGAGCAUGGGCUGAGCGAAGCUGACCGCCGCCUGCUGGCUCUCAUGGUGGCCCUGCCAGGAGGUCUUGAUGUUCACGACCUGAUGUUCGUGCCAUGUUUCAUUGACCAUGGCACCGAGGAGCAGCAGGAGAAGUGGGUGGAAAGGGCGCGAAAUUGCGAGGUCAUUGGCGCAUACGCCCAGACGGAGUUGGGCCAUGGCACAUUUGUGAGGGGUCUCGAGACGACGGCCACUUACGACCCCGAGCGGGCCGAGUUCAUUCUGCACUCCCCGACGCUCACCUCAACCAAAUGGUGGCCCGGUGGCCUUGGCAAGACGGCGUCGCACUGCAUCCUGACCGCCAGGCUCUUCGUCAAGGGCGUCGACAGGGGCCCACACGUCUUUGUGGUGCAGCUUCGGUCAAUGGAGGACCACAAGCCCCUGCCCGGGAUCAUGCUCGGCGACAUCGGCCCAAAGUUUGCGUACAGGGGCGUGGACAACGGGUUCUUGCGUUUCGACCACGUGCGCGUGCCUCGAGACGCCAUGCUGAUGCGCUUUGCCAAGGUGACGCCCGGCGGUGAGUACGUGCCGCCUACCGCCGACAACGCCAAGUCCACAUACGCCACCAUGAUGUACGUGAGGUGCGGCCUGGCGGGCGACUCCGCCAGGCACCUGGCCAUGGCUGUGACCAUCGCCGUGCGCUACUGCGCCGUGCGAAGGCAGACAGCGCCGUCGCCGGGCCUCAAGGAGACGCAGGUCCUGGACUACCAGUCCGUGUCCGGCACCCUGCUGCCCCUCAUUGCCACCUCCUUCGCCCUCCACUUCAGCGGCAAGGCCGCCAUGGCGUCCUACCACGACUUUGAGCGCCGCCGCGACACGGGCGACUUCGACGGCCUGGCGGAGCUGCACGCGCUGUCGGCGGGCCUCAAGGCCCUCUGCACCUGGGUCACGGCCGACGGCAUCGAGGCCUGCCGGCGCAGCUGCGGGGGCCACGGCUACAGCAGGCUGUCGGGGCUGCCGGACCUGUACGGGUUCUAUGUGAAGAACGUGACCCUGGAGGGCGAGAACAAGGUGCUGUGCCUGCAAGUUGGCCGCCACCUCAUCAAGGCACUGCUGGCCGCCCAAUCGGGCAGGCCCCUCCGCGGCGCCGCGGCCUACCUGUCGGACGGCUUUUUCGAAAUGUCCCAGCUCUGCGCCGUGGACCAGCGGGCCCGCUGGCUGGACCACGGGGUCCAGGCGGAGGCCUUCCGGCGGGCGGCGGUGCAGGCGGUGGCCAGCGCGGCGGACCUGCUGAGGGAGGAGGGCGGCGGGGAGGUGGCGUUCGAGGGGGCGGUAUGGAAUGCCUGCAACGAGGCCGUCAUCAAGUGA